UAUCGAUAGACAGAGAUAAUCAAAAACAGGCGCAACAAUAAAUGUUAUUUUAAAGGAAUAAACAAUUGAUUAUGGAUCCAAACAUAAGCUUUUUUGAUGUCGAGGAUCGGGUAGACAAUUUUAUCAUUCGUAAGAAGCAACAUGAUAUCCAAACAACCGAUUCUGCCAAGUCGGGUCCGAAAAUUCACGAAGAUAUACCCCUGACUAUAGCUCACAUUCUACGGGCAACUCAGGAUCCUGAAACGCCAGAUGUUUUUAUAACUUAUAAUGCAAAUACCAACUCCGAUCCGAUUCAUUUUCGCACCUGCAUUGUUUACGCUUUUGUGUCUGGAUAUGGAACGCACAACACGGCCUUCAACAAAUACCAUAUCGAUGACAGCACCGGAUUUCUGGAGGCAAGUAUAAGCAAGGGCCAGGCAAAAAAGCAAAUUGUUGCUUGCCUCCACGCAGAAGCCACAUCACUGGCCUCUUCCGAACGCUAUAAACCCAUUGCCCAGAGCUUGAUCCGCCUGCUGGGGGCUGCAACGGAGUACAUAGAUCCUGGAGCCAUAACGAGGGGCCACAGUUUGUUUUUGCGCGGCAGACCGACUCUCUUCAGAGGAAAGAUGGGCCUGGAUGCCUAUUCCUUCCUUAUAGACAGCGGCUCAUCUCGGAAACAAGAAAUUGCCUUUGCCGAUCACCUGUUAAGCUGGCAUCACGACUACAAGAGUACAACGCAAGUUGCAACAAACAAAUAAACGUUUUUUGUAUUGAAAUUUUACUGGUAAUAAAAAAUCAAGCAUUUUGUUAAAUAAGGA